AUGCGGCGUUGCACCGCCCUGUUGUUUUCAGUUCUCUUGCUGUUCUCCCUUCUCUUUGUCUCAUCCACCGCCCGUCAAUUUGUCCUUUUUCUUUCCCAAGACGACCUCAACGACACCCCCCUUUCCGCCGCCGGUGACGAUGAUUCCUCCUCGUCUGUUUCCAGCGGCUCCGACUGGGACGAGUUUGGCGAUUCCGACGCCAAAACCGACGAGGAGCUCGACCCGGGCUCUUGGCGCCCCGUACUCGAGUCGGAUUCGGCCACUGGGGACCCGGCCACUGAGGUCGAGGCGCAGUACUAUUCUGGCGUGACGAAAAUGGUGGAGGCCGUCAGUUCCGGUGACCCCAGGCUUAUGGAUGACGCCGCUUCCCAGAUCGAGGCUGCCGCGGCAGCUGGGUACCCCCAUGCGCAAUCGGCGCUAGGGUUUCUCUACAAUUUAGGGAUCACUAGGGAACGAAACAGAGCCAAGGCCUUUAUGUACCAUUGCUUUGCGGCUGAUGGGGGUAAUAUGCAGUCGAAGAUGGCUUUGGCUUACGCGUAUUUUCGCCAAGAGAUGUAUGAUAAGGCAGUGAAGCUUUAUGCUGAAUUAGCUGAGAUAGCAGUGAAUAGUUUCCUGAUUUCAAAGGAUUCUCCAGUGCUUGAACCAGUUAGGAUUCAUAGUGGAGCAGAGGAGAACGAAGAUAUUCUAAGAAAGUCACGAGGGGAGGAGGAUGAGGAUUUCCAGAUCUUGGAAUACCAGGCACAGAAAGGAAAUUCUGGAGCCAUGUACAGAAUUGGAGUCUUUUAUUACUUUGGGUUGAGAGGUGUGAGGCGUGAUCAUGGCAAGGCAUUGUCUUGGUUUUUGAAAGCCGUGGACAUGGGUGAACCAAAAUCAAUGGAACUGCUUGGGAGAUAUAUGCCAGAGGGGCUGGAGUUGAGAGAAACUACACCAAGGCAUUUGAGUGGCUUUCACGUGCAUCCAAGCAUCAUCUUUAUUCAGCCUAUAAUGGGAUAG